AGGAGGGCACAUUGCCCCCAUCUCUGUGGGGUGGUGGGCAGGGGGUCGGCUGGGCACCAUUGGAGGCGGCCGAGGAGCCCAAGCAAUCAAGUGGUGUAGCAGCUCAGGAUGAUGGACCAUGCUAGGUCAGCUAUCUCCAAUUUGUUUGGCGGAGAGCCACUGUCAUACACCCGUUUCAGCCUGGCUCGGCAAGUGGAUGGAGACAGCAGUCAUGUGGAAAUGAAACUGGCUGCAGAUGAGGAAGAUGGGGUGGAAAACAGCUCAGGUGACCGAACCACUCGUGGUGUAAAACGGAAAAACAUUCUUGGAAACAUCUGUUUUGGAGUCAUUGCUAUUGCCAUCUUCUUCUUGAUUGGGUUUAUGAUUGGCUACCUGAGUUUCUGCAAGCAAGUGGACCCAAAUGGUGGCUGUUCAAGUUAUUCUGGUGAAGGAUCAGAGAAAAGUGCAGCAGAUGCUUCAGCAGAGCUUCCCUAUGAAGAGCCAGCCGUGGCAUUGCCACCUAGGUUAUACUGGGGUGACCUGAAAGAAAUACUGUCAAAGAAACUGAAUGUUCAGCCCUUUCUCAACACGCUUACAGAGAUCUCUCUCAAGUAUCCUUCACGUGAGGCCGGCUCUCAAGGCGAUGAGAACCUUGGGCACUUCAUUCGUAGUGAAUUCACCAAAUUUAAACUGGAUAAAGUCUGGAGUGAUGAACACUAUGUUAAAGUUCAAGUUAAAGGCAGUGGGGCUCAGAACUCAGUGACACUUGUGAAUGCUGAAGGAAGGUAUCAAGAAUUGCUGGAGGAGCCUGAAGGUUAUGUGGCCUACAGUGCAAAUGCAACAGCUGUUGGUAAACCAGUUUAUGCCAGUUAUGGAUCUAAAAGUGACUUUGCGCUUUUGAAGCAGAGAAAUAUUGCCAUCAAUGGAUCAAUAGUUAUUGUCAAAGCUGGGGCCAUCACUUUUGCUGAGAAGGUUGCUAAUGCCGAGAGCUUCAAAGCAGCAGGUGUUCUGAUAUACCUAGACCGCAAAGAUUUUGAACUUGUUGAAGCUAAAGUGGCAGUCUUUGGACAUGCACACCUAGGAACAGGAGAUCCUUUCACACCUGGCUUUCCUUCUUUCAACCAUACUCAGUUUCCUCCGUCCAAGUCCUCAGGGCUACCUAAUAUUCCCGUCCAAACAAUCUCCAGGAGUGUUGCAGAAACACUACUCAGACAAAUGGAUGGAGAACCGUGUCCUCAACAGUGGGGAGAUGGUCCCACAUGUAAAAUUAACUCACUCAAGGACAACUUUGUGAAACUUGUGGUUAACAACAUGCUGGUGGAAAAGAAAAUCAAUAAUAUCUUUGGCGUUGUCAAGGGUUUUGAUGAACCAGAUCGUUAUGUUGUGGUAGGUGCUCAGAGGGAUGCCUGGGGGCCUGGAGUUGCCAAAUCUGGUGUAGGAACAUCCCUCCUGCUGAAUCUUGCCCGCACCUACUCCGAUAUGGUCCUAACAGGAGGGUACAAACCUAGAAGAAGCAUUGUCUUUGCCAGCUGGAGUGCUGGAGAGUUUGGAUCUGUUGGUGCCACUGAAUGGCUAGAGGGCUACCUUUCUACCCUUCACUUGAAGGCCUUCACGUACAUCAACCUGGAUUCUGCUGUAGUUGGUGAUAGAAACUUCAAAGUUUCUGCCAGUCCUAUGUUGUACACUCUGCUGGAGAAAACUAUGCAAGAGGUAAAAUAUCCAAGUGGAUCUUUUCUCUUCAGAGACACCGACUGGGUAAAGGAAGUUGACCCACUUUCUCUGGAUAAUGCUGCAUUUCCUUUCAUCGCAUAUUCCGGAAUCCCAGCUGUUUCAUUCUCUUUCUGUGGGGAUAAAAAGUACCCAUAUUUGGGCACCAAACUGGAUACUCUGGAUAAGCUGAAGUCCCUCCCCAAUCUGAACAGCUUGAUGCGAGCAGCUGCAGAAGUAGCUGGUCAGAUGAUGAUCAGGCUCACCCAUGACCACGAGUUGUACCUGGACUACGAGAGAUACAACGAAGAGCUGCUUAAAUUCAUCAAGGCGUUUACUCCAUUCAGACAGGAAAUCAAGGCCCUGGGUUUGAGUUUACAGUGGCUGUACUCUGCUCGUGGUGACUUUGUUAGGGCGACUACUGCCCUGACCACUGACUUCCAGAACGCUGAGAGUGAAAACAAGUUCAUUACCCGACUGAUCAAUGACCGCAUCAUGAAAGUGGAAUACUACUUUCUCUCCCCCUAUGUCUCGCCAAAGGAUACUCCCUUCCGUCAUAUCUUCUGGGGCUCAGGCUCUCAUACUCUGUCAGCUCUGAUAGAACAUCUGGAUCUUCUGAAGAGAAAAGAUGACGCCUUCAACGAAACCCUGUUCAGAAACCAAAUGGCCCUCGCUACCUGGACUAUCCAAGGGGUGGCUAACGCUCUAUCUGGUGAUAUUUGGGACAUAGAUAAUGAGUUUUAGUUGAAAUAUGGACUCCUGCGCCAAGAACAGGAACAGGGCAGCUCAGUCCCCAACCACUUUUUUUUUUUUUUUUUUUGAGCUGAAACACUUUUUCCAGUAGAGCUGCAAAAGAUUGAUAACUGACUUGACUUCUGCCCAUUUUGGUACAAGGAUGUUGCAAGGCUGCUGCUGCUGCUCCUAGCACAGUGCAGAUGCAUACAAUGCAGGUAAUUCUACUUCUGGUUUAAUGUUGGUAUUCUUGCUAUACUGAACUCAAAUCAAAAUCACUUGGAAAACUCUGUUAGGUUAUCCUCUCCUGGUCAGCCCGAAAGAUCAAAAGUUACCUCUUUCCUGUUACACUUGAGCAGAGUCUUAGAAAUUUAAGACCUGUGACUUCCUCAGACUUUAGGGCCAGGGUUAACUGUGAUCUCUAAAGGGUAAAUGGGGAUAAGGAUGGCCACUACCAGGGGUACAAAGUGUUGGCCGGUGUCCUGCUCUUUCCCUCUUCAGUUGCCAUUAAGCAGAAUACUGGGUUACAAAAUGUGAACCUCAAUGACAAAUGUCUAACUCUUCUGAACAGACACGUAGUCUUGUCUCAACUACGGAAGAGAAAAGCAACUUUAACUCAGGAAGGAACCAUGGCUUCUCUUCCUGCCAACAAGGUCUGAAAUAAUAGGUGACCCUCAGCUGGUAUAUUAACAACUCGGAAACCCCACAUCAUGAUUAACAACUUGGAAACCCUACAUCGUGGCAGCCUCCAUUGUGUGAGGUAAAGGUUUCAUAAGAAGGUCAUUAAAAGAUCAGAAGCCAGACGUUUUUUUUUUUCUUUGCCUUAAUUUCUAGUCUUCCCUCCCUGCCCCGGCCCCGCAAGAAACUUGGCUUAAGAGAAAGAAAUCCUUUGGACCACACCAGUUUUAUAUCCACCUUUAUUUCAGAUCCUGUUGCUCAGCUUGUCAAAUCCUUAAAAUACACACUUGCCAAACUUUGGCCAAAAUAUUAAAACCUCAUGAGGAAAAUGUUUCCAUCAUUUGGCACUGAGAUAUUUAUUUUGUUUAUUUAUUUAUCAGUGACAGAGUUCACUAUAAAUGGUGUUUCAUUUUUUUAUAGAAGAUAAUUAUCGGAAGCAGUGCCUUCCAUAAUUAUGACAGUUAUACUGUCGUUUUUUUAAUGAAAGCAGCAUCUGCUAUUAAAAGCGAACGGAUACUGGAAGUCUUGCAUUGAGUCUCAAUUUACGGGUCAGCAGUGUCAAACUACUGAGACUAGCCAAGCACAGAAUUUUUUAGCUUGUAAUUCCAGUUGCUUAGGGGAGCAAAAAGUCAAGUAAUCCGACUGGAAGUCGGCUCCUUUGCAACCGAAGAUGCUCCUGCUGGUGCUGUGUUGAGCAUAGCCAGAUGUGAACCCCGGGUUGCCCGUAAAGCGUUGAGUGGGGUGAAACCGCAGCCGACUGGCUGGGGCUAUUUCAGAUCAGUGCAAAAUUUCCAGUACCUAUAUCACGAACCUAAGUCGCAUUAUCGGGAGCAGUGUCUUCCAUAAUGAAUAAAGAACAAGGUAGCUUUUGCCUACCAAGGUGUUUAAUAUCGGAGACAGUGAUCUCCAUAUGUCACACUAAGGGUGUACAUAAUUAUCGGGAACAGUGUUUCCCAUAAUUUUCUUCAUGCAAUGACAUCUGCAAGGCUUGAAGAUCGUUAGUAUCUAACAUGUAUUCUCAGCUUCCUGCAAUUGUCUCUCCGCCCUUUAUUCUCUUGCAGAAGCAUGCUUUUGUAAUCUGCACUCCUCGUAGGCAAGUACUCAACCAUUGUAAAACUAAAACUGUUUCAGAAUUGCUGGGUUUUUCUUUAAUGUGGGAUUUUUCUUUUGUUUCUUUGCACUUGCGUCGCUGUGACUUCUCUAGAUGUUAUGUUGAUCCUGGGAUAGGUAGUACUAUGUUUAUAAUGUAAGCUGUCAGUGAACAAGUUUGCUCCAAUGCUUUCCUUCGCACUUGAAUAUGUUCCUCGUUAAACUGGUUCAGAUGUUUCAAAACUCAGUACUAGCUCCGCAGUGGGGAGGGGACGAGAGAGGCUCACGGCUUCGCUGAAACUUCUCGCCAAACACACAGCGAUGGCGCUUGAAUGGACACCUGAGUCGGCCAAGCCGAUCUCUGACCCCGGGCCUGCGUUACUCUUGGUGAGCCGCUAUUCUAAAACUACCCGGUCAGAAUUGAUCCCAACUAUCCCCUGGAAAGUGACGGAAUCCACAUCUCUUAUGAAAGCUGAAUCCAGAAACUACUAAAUGUCCCUGUUUCCAAUUGGUGCCUCCCCACUGUUGAAUCUUGGAACACAGGGGACUCGACUCUUGGGUGGUGGGCAUUUCAAGGCCCUUGGUGGUCCUUAUGACAAAGGUAGGGCUACCAUUUCAUCCUCUAGACUAGUGAGCGGCCCUGGUUCUAGCUUCCAAGUAGUAGUAGGCAUAUUUUGUCCCCUCAUAGGUGUGACCCGCUCUCAAGGGACCAGCUGCAGAUUGAAAUGAGACGGACUUGCAUGUUCCUGGGUGUAACUCAUGUAGACUCAAUCUCGUCAGGUGGUGAUUGGACUUGAUUUAUUUCUUGCGUUAUGACAAACUGUUACUCAAGCUUCAGCCUUUCCAAUCACAGGGCCUUAGUAUCAGUUGGUGGGCCCUUGUCUCAGCCUCAAGUAUCUUGUGCCUAUCUCUAGCGUGAAUAUCGGUAUUCUCUGCUCAUCCCCCAAAUGAUCCUACCUUUUUAAUACUUAUCCCAUGAUUGUAUCUGCUCUCUAACUUUUGGUGUGUGAUCGUGGGUAUCGUGUAAUAUUCAGCUGUAUCUCUGGAGCACAUAUCCCUGUUCUUGUACCAGUCUUUGGCAGGUAAGUGUGGAACUUUAAGGUUCCUACUUAACCUGUUGUCUGAUUAAAUAAAAAUGCUUGAAAACAA